UGCCCCCGCAAAAACUGAAAAGGAAAACUGGAGCGGGCUUUCGUUUUGAAACAUUGAAAAUGUAACAUGCAACAUAUAGAGUAUAAAGUACAACCUUUAAUAUUCUCCUGAGUGCUCGGUUUGUUUAAGGGAAGUAUCAGAAGUAUUUCUGUUUCCGUUUGUGUACAUGAUGCUGGGCGCUCCGUCACACAACUAACCGGCACAUCUACUGACGCAACGAUAUUUUCAGCGAGUGUCCGAAAUCUCAUUUGUGUCAGGGAACGACCAGGAGACAGACUGGAGUAGUUAAACAGAGCUUUAUUUCAAUGAUCCAACUACAGAAAAUGCAACCGGCUCCAGCCUGGAAGCUGGAGCAGAAGACUGGGCCCUCAACAUGGAGAUCUGCGACAUGAUCAACAGCUCUGAGGAAGGACCCAGAGACGCAGUCAGAGCCUUAAAGAAAAGGAUUGUGGGGAACAAGAACUUCAAGGAGGUUAUGCUGGCGCUCACUGUGCUGGAGACGUGUGUGAAGAACUGCGGCUACAGGUUUCACGUCCUGGUGACGACGCGGGAUUUUGUAGAGGGGGUUCUGGUCCGGGCGAUAAUCCCGAGAAACAACCCUCCAUUAGUGCUGCACGACAGAGUGCUCAGCAUCGUACAGGCGUGGGCUGAUGCAUUCCGUAGCUCUCCCGACCUGACGGGCGUGGUGUCCGUGUACGAAGACCUGCGACGGAAGGGACUUGAGUUCCCCAUGACAGAGCUGGACGGUUACUCACCUGUCCAAGCCCCCCAAAAGACUUUGCCUGGGAACGGGCCUGCUGUCACUACUCUCCCUGCUGUGCUCCUCUCUUCCAAACCUCCGCUCAUCCCACCCCAGACUUCUGAGCUAAAACUGGCCCUAGAGGGAAACAAUGCCUUCACUCCCAGCCAGAUAAAAAAGCUGAAGACAGAGCUGGGUGUGGUGCGAACCAACCUGACUAUGAUGUCAGACAUGAUGAGUCAGCUGGAUCCCGUCACGGUAAAACAAGCCGACAUGGAGCUGCUGGAGCAGUUAUACACAGUGUGUAAGGAAAUGCAAGACAGGAUAGUGAAGAUCGUCCCCAGACUCAGUGAGGAGAGGCUGAUUGAAGAGUUGCUGGCAGCGAACGAUGAGAUGAACACCGCCUUCACGCGCUACCACAGGUUUGAAAGACGAAUACCAAAUGGUCAAAACUCCACAGAGAAGAAUCACACAUACGUCAACCUAGCAGACCUCGACUUGACACCAGAGUCCGUCAGCCAAUCAGGGAUCGCGUCAGUUACCAACGACAGCUCGUACAGCCUCUCAAAAGCUGACAGUUUGUCCAGUCAGAUGGCGAGACUUAGUACAAGUGAAUCCGACGACCCGUUGUCACAAAACUUCAACAUCUCAACUCAACAGAGACCAAGCGAGCAGAGUGACGGUGCAGUGGACGGCCUGGCUCAGGCUCAGCACAGCAGACUACACAACGCUGUAACGAUUCCUAUCAACCAGUCCACUGUAAUGGAUGAUAUUGAGAAAUGGCUGGAGUUGGAUGACGAGUAUGAUGACUUUGAGGAUUCAGACGGUGUGACCAGUGAAGAGUUUGACAGGUUUUUGGCAGAAAGAGCGAAAGCAGCCGAGCGUCUGCCAUCGGUGAGAGCUUCCCUGCAGGAUCCCAACCACUCCGAGUCUUAAGCUACACCUGGUACCUGCCAAACUAACAGCACUCCCCAAGUUCUGGCGCCAUCGGCUGACAAAUGUAGGGAUUUCUUUUAGACCAACGGAAGAUUGGCACAUUUGACGUGGGAAUUACAUCCCAUAUCUGGGGAAGGACGUCUUAGUUGUGUAUACUGCUCUUUACUGCGGAGACUUCUUCUUGAUUUUUUACUGAUAAUAAUGCUAGUCGAUGAAGGGCAGAGGUUUUUACUUGCCGUUGUUAUGAGGGUUUGUCCAUGUGUGGAAUGCAAACAUUUGCACAUUUUAUAUGGUUACAUUCCUGCUGUUAGAAAAAAAGAGAGAGAGGAUAUUGUUACAGGAAAACCACUUUUACAACAUAGGUUAUGUAUUAUAUUGCUGUGAUAUAAAUAUAUAUUGUAAGACAUGACGAUGGGUUACAAAAGAAACAUCCCCGUCAAAGAAGCAAACGCUGUUAACUUGUAUGUAAGAGAAGCUCGGCUGUAACAAAAUAGUUUGAUGCCUCACAUCUCUGAACGAUGGUUUUUCCAUCCAACAUUCCCGUGUGAAGAUGUUUGUUUAACAGGAAGUCAUGACAGACCGCUGUCAUCUAAUAAACUGAAACUAUUAACUGGAA